UAUCCAGGGAUGAAUGCAAUUUGGCUAACAUAGCAUUAAAUAAGCCGACAUCACAAUCGUCCUCACAAGCGGGAGGAGUCGCAGGAAGGGCUGUAGACGGGAAUCUCAAUCCGGACUACGGAGCCUGGUCCUGUUCCCACACGUUUUAUACAGACAACAAACCGUGGUGGCAGGUGGACUUGGGGGAUAUCUACAGCAUCAACUAUGUUUCCGUUCAGAAUAGAUUAACCAAUGCUGAUCGACUUAAAGAUUUCACAGUAGAAAUAUCAGAGACUAACGACAUUUGGCCAAAUGGUAAUCUUAAAAACAGCAAGCUUUGCUACAAUUACACCGAAGCUCACGUGCCUUCAGCUGAACUAAAGACUCUGGCUUGCCCAAAUGACACUGUCGGCCGCUACCUCAGGAUCAUUAAGUCCUCCAGUACGUUGACCCUAUGUGAAGUCAUCGUAGAAGGUAAACCGGUUUCUUGUCUCGACACUACCUGUCAUAAGAUGCCAACGAUAAGACAACGUGACGACCAGUCUGUGACAGAAAUCGUACAGGAGUUGAAAAAUCUGAUGUCCGGAACCGGAA